AUAUCUAUACUCACGUACAACCUAUGGAAAUGCGAACAAGUGCUGUAAGCUUGUCUAAAAACAGAGUAGAGAAUAUGAAUGAAGAAGCCAGCCAAACGCCCACAAACACCAACCGCAAUCUCCCACCAGAAACAAGGGAAGGAAUCAGAUGGUGGCUACUCUUGCUAAACUGCGCCACCCUAGCAACCGGCACCAUUGGUGGCCCACUCAUUAGUAGACUCUACUUUCUCCAUGGAGGGAGUCGAAAAUGGGUGCCAAGCUGGUUACAGACCGUUGGAUUCCCCAUCCUACUCAUCCCACUAUCCAUCCUCUACUUCCAAAACCGGGCCCAAGAACGGCCCGCCAAGUUUUUCGCCGGAUCGAAGCUCUUGAUCGCCAGUGCUGUGAUAGGCCUCCUUGUGGGCCUCAAUAGCUACAUGUACUCGGUGGGCCUCUCGUACCUGCCAGUAUCCACGACUUCUAUCCUCUUCGCGACCCAGCUCGCAUUCACCGCCAUCUUCGCUCUGAUCAUCGUCCGACAGAAGUUCACUGCUUACUCUAUCAACUCUGUGGUCUUGAUGACCCUUGGAUCCAUCAUUCUUGGGAUUCACAAAUCUGGCGAUCGACCACCCAAUGUCUCAGAUGGUCAGUACUUGUUGGGGUUCUUUAUAACUCUAGGUGCAGCCGUUCUCCUCGGUUUCAUCCUGCCGUCCAUCGAGCUCGCUUAUGCUAAGUGCACCAAGGCCAUCACCUACAAUGUAGUGAUGCAAUUCCAGCUCGGUGUUAUGCUCUUCGCUACCAUCUUUUGCACCAUUGGAAUGCUAAUAAACAAUGAUUUCAAGGCUAUUCAAAGAGAGGCGAAGGAGUACGGGCUUGGAGAGACAAAGUACUAUGUGGUGCUCGUCUCAUGCGCCGUCCUCUUCCAAAUGCUGUUUAUCGGAACGUUAGGUGUCGUCUUUUGCGUCUCCUCUCUCUUUACCGGUAUCCUCAGCGCAGCGCUGCUGCCGCUGACAGAAGUUGCUGGUGUUAUAGCUUUCGAUGAGAAGUUCACCGCUGAGAAAGGCAUGGCCCUGGCUUUGUGUCUGUGGGGCUUCACAUCUUACUUCUAUGGAGCAUAUGUCAUGAACAAGAAUCAGAAGCCGCCGGUAACUGAGUCGGAAGCGAACAACGUGUGACUCACUCCUGGGUAUGUUUGAUUUGUAUCAUCGUCAUAUAAGGCUUAUCCCAACUAAUUAGUGGGUUGGCUAUACAAAUCCUCUUCUACCAUUCCACUCUAUCAGGGACCAUAUAUAUAAAUAUUAGAUGUAUGUAUCAUUUCUUAAUUAAAUGUGUAAUUAGUUGAUCAGUGUAUUAGUUUGUAAAACAAACCAAUCUCAAUUAAGUAUGGUACUUUUGCUUU